AAAGGCAAGCUCAAAGCCACAGAUUAGACAUUUUGCUUACAACCCGUGCUGGUAAAAUAACCUGCAGAGAGUACAACAGCGGGAAUCAGCCUUUUUUAGCUCUCAUUUGGAGACGAACAGCUUGCGCGUAAACGGCACCGGGCAUCACUAAAGGGAGAGAUCCGAGGUGUCGGGAUACUUUUCUUUCUUCUUUUUUUUUAAUUUUAUUUGUGACUGCGGGGUUGAAGGACAACGCCAGGGGAGCAGAGUGACUGCCUUUUUUUGGAUUGCGAGCAUCGGUGACAUUUGGGACUUAAGCGCGCAAGGCACCUGUGGAUGCAACAACCUCUCUGGUGUUUGGACUCAAAUCGUUUGCAAAGAAGGGAUUCACCACAAGAUAGAAUUGCCAAUCGUCGCGGUUUCGAUCAAACAGCCUGCAGUUAAGACAAGAAGCGCGCCAUGCUGUGGAGUGUUUCCGUCCUGGUGGUUCCCGUGCUGCUGAGCAUAACCGGCUGCGGCUCGUCGUACGUGCCGUGCCAGCCGUGCGAUCAAAAGGCCCUGUCCAUGUGUCCGCCGGUGCCGGUGGGCUGUCAGCUGGUGAAGGAGCCCGGCUGCGGCUGCUGCCUGACGUGCGCGCUCGAAGAGGGCCAGCCGUGCGGCGUGUACACCGGGCCGUGCACGCGCGGGCUUCGCUGCCUACCCAAGAACGGCGAGGAGAAGCCGCUGCACGCGCUCCUGCACGGACGGGGGUUGUGCAGGAACGAGAAGUUGUACAAACUGCUGCAUUCGUCCAAAGACGGAGAAUCUCAUGAUGGCGCCAUGUUACGCAUCCCAGAGUCAAUGCUGCCCCAAACCAAGGUGCCCAUAUAUGGAGGAGAACACAUCAGCAGUCUCAAGGCCCAGGCCAUGAAGCAGGCCAAGGACCGCAAGAAGCAGUUGGCCAGGCCGGGACCCGCAAGCAAUCUGAAUUUCCCCCCGCUCAGCGUGGAUAAACUGGAGCCUGCGUUGGGCCCCUGCAGAAGAAAACUGGACAAUCUCAUUCAAAGCAUGAAGGACACUUCUAGGAUCUUUGCUCUCACUCUGUACAUCCCCAACUGUGACAAGAAGGGCUUCUUCAAACGCAAACAGUGUAAGCCAUCCCGUGGUCGGAGGAGGGGCAUCUGCUGGUGCGUGGACCGGUUUGGUGCAAAGAUCCCCGGCAGCAACUACGCCGGAGGAGACCUCCAGUGCCAAGAUCUCGACAGCAGCAGCAACAGCAACGAAUGAGAGCGCGCCGGUUGUUCUCGUUGAGCCCUGUUCCUCUUAAAAACCUUAAAAAUCCUGCCAAUCAAGCUAACACACUUCGUGACUGCCAAUCAGGAAAAUAUGGCACAAAUGCUUACAUAUAUGGUCGAGUGUGAUGGACUGGUUUUUUUUUUUUCUUUCAAAGGGGAGCGGAACUGUUCCCUGCUCAUCGUGUACGAUGUUUGAGGUUAAUCUUACCUCUUUAUACCCAUAUAUUAUAGAGGAUUAUAUAUAUAUAUAUAUAUAUGUAUGUAUGAUAGUGACAAUAUGUUGUGUAUUAAAGUGUAUUGCUAAAAGAAAAUUGCGAAAUUCUGAGACAGGACAUAUUUUCAAUAUGGCUAAAACACAUAAUUUGUUUUUCUUUUUGUCAUAGUGGUGAUCAAGAAGAGGGAGUUAGUUCUCGUCUUUAGUAGCAAUGUUUUACUUAUUGUUAAUCAAAGGAAUGACAUCCUAACGUGAGAGGCAUUUUUUAAUAUAUUGAAUAAUGGCCAUUUAAUCCAGCACUUUUCAAAAUUUUCAUUGUUUGUUCAGCAUGGAAUCAGAAAAGUCAUUGGCCUGUUUUCACUAAUUGGAGCCAUAUCUAUAGACCUAGAGUUAAAAGAAGCCACACUUAAAGGAAUAGUUUGGCAUUUUAGGAGUGUAGUUCAAAAUCCACCAAGCAACCCCUUUAAAGCUGUCCAAUUAACACGUUAAAAUUAGUCGUGAUUUAAAAAUAUUUAAAAAAAAAAACUUAAAAACAUAUUUUUGGGUUUUUUUUGGGGGGUUUUUGGGGUUCGGGCCCUAUUUUUUGGGGCUCUGAGUUUUUUUUAAUUUAAAUUUAAAACUUUUUUGGAGUCUUGGCUCGUUGCCUGGCAAACGCUCAGAGCCAAGAAAUGAAAACCUAUGCUCAAAACCCCUAAAGGACAUCCUUUAAAAUUUAUUUCCCCUUUUCGGGCAAAAUGCAUGUUCUCCCCCAGAAAAGAGAUGAUCUUUUUCCCACAUCACAGGGGAUGCAUGCUUCCCCCGGGCCCACACUCAUAAAAAAACUUAAAGGUUAGAUAUUUGACACUUGUAUUUCAAAUUUGUCUUUUUUUUUUAAAGGCCUUUUUAAAGGCUAACAUGGUCCACUUUUGAAAAUUAAAUUCCGUUUGUUGUGCUGUGGUGCCCCUAAGGGGGGGGGGGUGUGGUGUGUGUGUUUUGUGGGGUGUGUUUUUUGUGGUGAAAUUUUCCCGUACGUUUGUGCCAUGCCCUCUAGUUCUCACUACAAGAAGCUCUUUUUAGUUUCCCACCCCAGCUAUUUUUCCGCCAAACGGGGGUUCUGUGCAUUUCCCCCUCCGCAACAAAUCGUAUGCAAAGGCCCUGCAUUUUAUUUUUUUUCCAUGGGUUUUGGGGCCCCCCCCAAACAGGCAAAUCGGGUCUUUGCCCCUUGCUCUCGGGGUUUUUUAUUUUGGUCCUUUGUCCCUCAAAGGGCCAAGGCCCGCGAUUUUCCCUUGUAAAUUAAAGUCCCUUCCUCCCCACACCACUUUGGGAAUUUUUCUUUUGGGCAUUUAGCCCAUUUUUGGGGUUGAACAGGGAACCCCUGAACACAAGGAGCAAAACAAUUUUGGUUGCGGAUGUAGACUAGAUUUUAUUUUUGUUUUUUUUGUUUUUGUUUGAUUUAUUUUUUUUCCGUUGGUUGCUGACAAAGAUUAUCAUGAUCUGCCAGUCAAGCGCUGCUGAACGUACAAUGACAGAGAACUUUUCUUCUAUGGUUCCAAAUUUGCUUAAAAUCCCUUUUUUGUUUUUGUUUUGUUAUAAUCUUGUAGUUCAUUUAAUGACUUUGUAAUGUCAGACAUUUUUUAAUCAGAGCGUUGACAGAGGCUCGUCAGCCCAUUCUUUGUAACAUUUCAGAAUCUCAGAUUAAUGUGAACAUUAUGGUGAAAUAUUUAUCAGGCGUGUAAUUGAUGUACUCCGUUUAUUUUGUAAUGACAGAUCACUAUUUAAAUAAAGUUCAUGUACUCACAAAA